CGGUGGGCGUGCGGCCGGGGACGGGCGCUUGGCCGAGGGUCUGGCUGCCAGGGGCCGUCCUGUAGAGCCAACCCGCUGUGACCAGCUCCGGGUGUUCCCCUUUUGUCUGGCAGCAUCGGCAUCGUCGGCGCGAAGUGAAGUUCUGGAUGCGUGACUUCUGUGGCUUGUCUCGGAACAGGCGGAGUUACUGCCCAUCUGUCGAAAACACCGACUUGCUGCGAGGCUUAACUCAGCCACAGCAUUUGCUUUUCUUAAAUGACAAAGCAGAGAUAUUAAUAUCAACUUUUAUUUUUGGCGUGCUGAGCUUUUUCCAGGGGGGUCUGCGUGUAAGUUCCCACUGAAAGGAGCUCUGCGUUUCAGUGGCAGCAGACUCUGUUCCUGUUAGCGGCGUUGCUUUGGCCAAGGAUUCAGCAGCAGUAUCACUAAUUUCUGUGCGCAAGGUUCAAAUAUCUGACUCGGAAGACCCUGAAGCUAUGUGGGCUGUUUGAACCUGUCACUAUCUGUUGGGGUUUUUUUUCUUAUUUCGAUAUUAUGGAGAAAAUUUUUUUUUUUUUUUUUUUUAAAUUGGGGAUGCAGUUUAACUGCGAGAAAGUUCUUUGAGCUGAAACUCUGCAUCAUUUUGGUCUUCCUCUUUAUUUUUUUAUCUCUAAUGGUCUUCCAAGUGUUUUUUAAUGUAAACCCAAAAUGUCUGACUGAAUCAAACUUUGUUUGAUGUUCCAUUUUGUAACUGUCAAGCCCGCUUCCAAAUUAGUAAAACAAUUUUUAAUAUACUCAAGUGUUCAAGGAAUUUGGUUCUGCAGAUAGCAGCUUGUGUGUUUAACAUAAAUGAAAGGAAACGACACCUUGACUUAUUGAGCCCCUUUCACCCUCCACAUGGCCAGCAAACCAUGAAUGUGUUCCCGUGGCAGUUUGCAGGCAGACAGAAGUGUUCAUUUUCGUUUUCUAAAAGAGGUGUUUGUGGCCAGCCUUGAACUGGAAGAGCCUAGAGCUGAGGCUGGCAUGGGGCUGAAUCAGAGCAAGCAGGCCAUGGUGAGCGGCUGGGAGUGUCUGUGUUAAUUUGCACCCCUUAUUCUGCUAAUGAGGCCAUGCUAUUUCAGGUUUGGAACAGGCUUAUCUGCCUACUCAGCACUAGCGGAGGGAGUGUCUACCUGUGAGAGACUAGAAAUAUCUCUAAUCUCAUUCCAUUAGUUUCCAAGUCCCACUCUCCAGCAAAGCUCCCUCAAAAAACGAGGCUGUUGCCUGUCCCUUUCGUGUUGCAUGAGGAUGACAGACUAAAGGUAGCUCGAAUUCUUUGGGGACAAAAUAUAUUCCUAGCUCCAUAGCUGAAACAGAUGAAUCUUUUCAUUUGAAGUUUUUCAGAAUAUGUUUCCCCCAUGUGGAAAAGUUCAGCCAGAACUUUGAAGGUUUGGCGAAGUUACAAGCAAGGAAGAUCUUUGAAUGGAACCAGUGUUGGGCAACUGUGAGAGCUGGUGCUUCCAGACUCACUUAUCAUCAGUUAUGCUGCCCUGGGGUUCUCUGCCUUUCUUCUCCUCAUGAAACAAGAUUAUCAGACUUUUUUGAUUGUACAAUAUUAGUACACAUCACUAAUUUAGUUUUAUUUACAGUGUUUCCAAGAUUGGGGAGAAGCAUUUCAAAAUAAGCAUGUGCUGUUAUUUCUUGUUAUGGGGGAGGGCGACAAAUAAUUAUGCCUUUUGUUGAUCUUAUACAGAAGAGAGAGAGAUCUCUCACAUUGAAAAGAUACUUUUUUCUCUUGAAAUUUCUUUCAGGUUUUCUGUCUUUGUACGGGUGUUGCAGUAUGCGAUGCAGCUAUUUCUGUGUGCAUCAGUUCCUUGCCUUUCAAAGCAAACUUCAGGGAAAAGAUAAUGCUUUAAUAUGAAUGAAGAAACACACAAGAGAUGAAAGAAAAUCUCUCGUGUCUAAGCUUAUCCUGCAGUCUUCCUUCCCUUCCCCCUUUUUUCCUCUUACUCGAGGUAGAGGGGGUUUACUGGUUUAGUUUUAUUCUGGGAUGAUGGGUGACGCUUUGUUGUUUUAGGUAGCACAGAGGAACUCCUCAGACUCCCUAAAUCUUAUCUCAGGAACUGAGUGCAGGGCGAGGAAGUGUCUUACCAGAUAUGCUUGCUCCCCCAGGUGUCCAGAAGUGAUCCUCAAAGUCUUGUAUUUUUUUACUUGAGGUUUGUUUUGUGAUGGAGACAGUGUUGAAGUCUCGCUGUGAUGAACAGCACCCUCAUCAGGCUGAAGACUUCCACGGGAAGCAGGAGCAGAACAGCAAGCUUUCAGGAAUAAAAAAAGAUAUUGAAAAACUUUAUGAAGCAGUGCCACAGCUUGUGAAUGUGUUCAAAAUUAAGGAAAAAAUUGGAGAAGGCACUUUUAGUUCUGUUUACCUGGCCACAGCACGGCUACAAACAGGACAUGAGGAAAAAAUGGCUCUGAAACACUUGAUUCCAACCAGCCACCCUCUGCGAAUUGCUGCUGAACUUCAGUGCCUCACUGUAGCAGGGGGACAAGAUAACGUUAUGGGAGUUAAAUAUUGCUUUAGGAAGAAUGAUCAUGUGGUUAUUGUUAUGCCAUAUCUGGAACAUGAAUCCUUCUUGGACGUUUUGAAUUCUCUUUCCUUUGAAGAAGUGAGGGAAUACAUGUUUAAUCUCUUUAAAGCGUUGAGGCGCAUUCAUCACUUUGGUAUUGUUCACCGUGACGUCAAGCCCAGUAACUUCCUCUACAACAGGCAGCUAAAAGAGUAUGCCUUGGUAGAUUUUGGCUUGGCACAAGGAACCCCUGAUACGAAAAUUGAACUUCUCAAAACUGCCCACUCUGAAGAUCAGCAGGGAAGUUGCUCGCAAAAUAAUCCCGCCAUAACCUUGGGAAAUGGGGGUUCUGUCAGUGUCACAGCACCUAAACAGAUAGCUCAACAGUCAGCCUCAAAAGCAGCUGAUAAAAAGUCCAGCUCACUUUCAAAAAUACAGAUUAAACAAGGAAGAGGAGGAAAGGAGGAUUCUGUGCACCAUUCUGUCCAGCGCUCUGUCUUUGGAGAAAGGAAUUUCAAUGUCUAUAGUUCCAUGUACCAGGAGAACUCAAGUACAAAACUCACAAAACAAUCAAAGAUGAUAGAUGUUUCAUCUAGGAAGUUAGUAACAAAGAAGAAGAUUACUUCUAUCAAAACAGUGAGCAAUGGGGCAGCCAGGAAAGCUGCCAGUGGUUGUCCCUCAAACCUGACCUGUGACUGUUAUGCAACGGAUAGAGUUUGCAGUGUUUGCCUUUCAAGGUGUCAGCAAGUUGCUCCCAGGGCAGGGACACCUGGAUUCAGAGCACCAGAAGUAUUAACAAAGUGUCCCACUCAGACCACAGCAAUUGACAUGUGGUCUGCAGGAAUCAUAUUCCUUUCUCUGCUCAGUGGACGGUAUCCAUUUUACAAAGCAAGUGAUGAUUUAACUGCUUUGGCACAAAUCAUGACAGUUCGUGGAUCCAGAGAAACCAUUCAGGCUGCUAAAACUUUUGGUAAAUCAGUUCUGUGUACCCAAGUUGUCCCGGCACAAAACUUAAGAACCCUCUGUGAGAAGUUGAGAGGAACAAAUAGCAGCUGUAAGAGAUCCCAGCGUGAAGUGCCCAGCAAGUCUGUAAAUGACUCAGCUUUGCCAGUUCCAGUAGACAAGCCAUGUGCUCCCGAGACACUUGGGAAACAAAUUCAACACUUAAAGAGCUUUCAGGAAGGUGACGAUGCUUUGGAAAUGAAGGCAACAGACAUGAAAGGAUGGGAUCAGGUUCCUGAUGAAGCAUAUGACCUGCUUGAUAAGCUACUAGACUUAAACCCCGCAACAAGAAUAACUGCAAAAGAGGCUUUGCUGCAUCCUUUUUUUAAAGACAUGAGGCUCUGAGAAGAGACCAUAUUCUAUUACUGCUUUCAUACAUUUUAUGUGGAAAUGAGAUACUGAGGUAGUUUUACCUUGUUGCCCUCAACAUUUACACUCAUUGAAAUACCAUCAUACCGUGCACAGAACUACUGAAAUUUUUUCUUGUACAGUUGGACAGCCAAUGUCAGUUUACUUUAAGAAAUACUUGGAGAUGUAAAAAUUACAUAAACAUCACUAACAUGGUCUUAUUCUAAGACACUUCUGAGGGGUUAUUGCUGUGCAUACUUGUUCUCUGAGAAAGUUAACUUUGAUCAAAAACUACAAAGAAAAAGAGUUUCACAAGCUCUAUGCUUAAUUCUCGAGAUAUUCCCUUAAAAUUUACAAAUUUGCCUUAAGGUAUGACCGAAAUAAGAAAGUGCUUGAGAGACUUUUUUCUGUACUUGCAUAUCUCUGCUUUGUUCCCAAUUAGUACAUGGGGGACUAAAAAUGGAACAAAGUGUGUUAAUUUCAUUCAGAGCAUUUUCAGAGAACAGUAUUACUUUGGGAGUGUUGCUAGAGGAGGGGCCAGGUGCUGGAGGUUAUAUCAUCAAAAGAAAAGCAUAACUGUUUUAAAAGUACGUUUUUGUUCCAGUCUGGUCUUUCCUACUUAGGCAAUAGUAAUAAAUGCAGUUACUCAUUUUGCAUAGCCCAUGUUUCCUCAGUGUCAUGGGUAACUGUCAAUAUUCAACAACUACUGCCUUCAGAAUGUCUUGUGUGACACGCAUAGGUUUGAUUUCUGUUACAGAAACUGAUCUUUUUAAAGAGUAUCUGUUAAAUAAAGAAUUUGUUUUUAUAACUUCAUAAGAUUGUCUAGAGAUGCUUCUAUAAAAAUAAGUCAGGUAAGGUUUUCCUGUGGGAUGGUUCUGUUCAGGAAAAAUUAUGCACAUUU